AUGCAAAGCAUUGCAAACAGCAGCUUGAGCAGGGACCCACUGUCAUACCCUGGUUUUGUACAAAAAGUGAUGUUGGUGCAGAUACUGGUGGGGAUUUUCCUCUAUGUGAACUGCCUGAUGAUAUUCACCUUUUUAAAAAAGCAGGUGUUCAGGGAGGACACUCGCUACAUUUUGUUUGCGCAAACUCUGUUUGUUGACUCUGCUUUCAUGUUUUUUACAGAUAUGAUGUUGAUUGGGAAUUAUUUCCAGUACCGCAUCCACAUGAUUCCUUGUAUUUUCAUCUGUUCAGCAAUAGCCAUUCUUUCAAUCUGUUCUCCUCUGACUCUUGUGGCAAUGUGUCUGGAGCGCUAUGUUGCAAUAUGCAUGCCUUUAAGACAUGCUGAGAUUUCUACCAGCAGGACAAGAUUCUUUGGAUUUAUUAUCAUAUGGGGUAUCAGCUCCAUGCCUCCAGUGUUCUUUGUUGUAGCACAUAUUUCAGUGCUCCCUUCUGGUGCUUUGUUUUCACAUGUCAUAUGUAGCAUGGAAAUAAUGUUACAGGAAGAAUGGCAGGCACAGUCUCGUGCUGCCAUUUUGCAGCUUCUUUUCCUCUUUAUGAGCUUUAUCAUUGUCUUCACCUACAUCAGGAUAAUGAUUGCAGCCAGAACUGCCUCUUUAGAGAAAAAGAAAUCAACCAACAAGAGUCUUAGAACCGUGGUCCUUCAUGCCUUUCAACUGUUUCUAUGUCUAGUUCAGUUUUUAAUCCCAUAUAUUGAAAUGACAUUUUGGAAGGUUGAUGUUAUGGUGUUUAUUAAUGUAAGAUAUUCAAAUUUUAUUGUUUUUAUUAUUGCACCUCGUUGUCUUAGUCCAUUGAUUUAUGGAGUGAGAGAUGAGAAAUUUUCUCUUAUUUUAAAAUAUUAUGCAUGCUGGGGUUUUGAUCAUUCCAAAUGUCCAUUGAAAAGAAAAUAA